AUGCGCGAUCUUGGCCGUCUUAUGGAAACGAUGUGGACCUUACAUGACUCUUUUGGAUUGGUUUUCUUUUCCUGUUUGUCUAUUCAAAUCGGAUUUUCUCUUCAAGGCAGAUUCACCGAUUUGCCCUCCAACGUCACUGCCAAGGAGGGUCAAAACAUAGAGAUGGCGUGCGCCUUCCAAAGCGGCACCACCUCCGUUUACCUGGAGAUCCAGUGGUGGUUUAUCCGCGCUCCCGAGGAGCCGAGAACGAGCGAAGAGGAUGAGGAGGAGGAAGAGGAGGAGAGCGAGAUGGAGCUGAUACCAGAGCCUGACCCGGAUGAUGAAGGAACCAAGAUAAGUACAGUCAAGGUUCAAGGCAAUGACAUUUCCCACAAGCUACAAAUUGCACGGGUGAGCAAGGGCGAUGAGGGUUUAUAUGAGUGCAGAGUUACCGAUGCCAACUAUGGAGAACUGAUGGAAUACAAAGCCCAGGCCUAUCUAAAGGUCAAUGCUACAGUCCGCAGAGGACUAAUCAAGAAGACUUCUCCUCUGCACCUGACCAAUAAAAAACCUCGUAAGAGCAGCUCGGCUUUAGGACAAGACAGCAACGGCAUGAGCUCAGACCAGCACUCCCAGUCCACCUCUACCUCGCAGUCAUCUCAGGCCAAACCUGUCAAACACAGCGCUGGAUCAGGCACCAGAAUAGCUACGAGCUAUGGUCUUGCUCUUCUACUAUUCGCCAGUGGCUGUGUGACGGGAGCUCUGCUAUAAUCCAGGACUGGUUUUUCUUCAGUUUUACUGUUCCUUUCAAGCCAAGAGAAAAAUUACCUGCUAUUUCCAUAGCAAGGACUCCAUACUUGCCCCAGUAUUUGCACCCAAAAUGUUAAAUAAGUAAACCAGAAUCACUUCUGGUCAAAAGCCUUGAGCAGAAGACUAUGGACAUGUAUGUAGUGAUCCUGAUGAUACAACACAACACGAUGGAAUGAAUUACAGACUUACCUUUCAUGCAUAUGUUACUUUGCUGUAAUUUUCUGUUUAUAUCCAGCUGUGAAUUUAAUGACGUUCUCAAGCCGGAAAUAAUUUAUAUUUGUGUAAUAUAUUAAUAUAUACGUACAGAUACAUAUAUAAAGAUUUGAUUUUGAGCCUUCUUGGACUCUGUACAGCUUGCAUCCAUUCUGGAAUAGUAUGUGUGCAAGAACGCUGACGUUAAUGUGAACAUAAAGCACUGACAUUUAAGUGAAUAUUGUGGCUUAAUAGAUGUUCUGCUGGAAGUUCUGCUUUGCUAUGUAAUGUUCUGCGCUGUUUAAACUGCUUUGAAGUUUUCUCAUUUUAUCUGAUGCAGAUUGUUCAUGCGUAAGUGCACUUGCUGUUCCUAUGUUGUUGUAAUGCUUUUUUUCUUUUUAUUUAUUUAUUUAUUUUAAUUUUUUGGUCUUUAUUAAUUUGCAUAAUAAAUGUGAGCUUAUUUCUGUUAUCAA